AUGGCUGAGGAGGUGCUGGCCCUGCGAGAGCAGCUGGUGGCCGAGGCCACUUGCCCGUUGUGCCUGGAUGUGUUCGAGCAGCCCGUGCUGACGGCGUGCGGGCACAGCUUCUGCGGGACGUGCCUGGCGGGCGUGCUGGGGGACCAGCCGCGCCCCGCCGCCUGCCCGCAGUGCCGCGCCCCGCUGGAGCCGGGCUCGCAGCGCCCCAACCGCUCCCUGGGCAACAUGGCCGGGCUGGCCCGGGCCCUGGAGGAGGUGGCGGCGCGGCCGCGGUGCCCCCAGCACGGCAAGGCCCUGGCGCUGUUCUGCGAGCCCUGCGCCGCCCUGCUCUGCGCGCCCUGCCGGGACGGGCCCGAGCACCGCCGGCACCGUGUCCGCCCCGCCGAAGAGGCCGCCCGGAAGCUGCGGGAGACACUCCAGAGAAACCUGCUAUUUCUACAAAAGCAGAAGGAAAAAUUGAAGAGCACAGGAGACGGGAAAAUUGAAGACCUGCAGGUGACAGUGAUGUGGGAGUUGCAGCGUGUGACUGAGAGCUUUGAGGAGCUGCAGCAGUGCCUGGAGGAGCAGAAGAAGGCCCUGCUGGGCCAGCUGGAGCAGAUGUCCCAGGAGCUGGUGAAUAAGAGCGAGGAAUACACGUCCAGGGUCUUGGAGAGGCAGUCGCUGCUGGACACGGUGAUAGCGCAGAUCCAGGAGAAGCGGGACCAGCCGGGGGUCGAGUUCCUCCAGGAUGUUGGCAGAAUCCUGAGCAGCUGUGAGGCAGCCAAGGCCCCGAUCCCAGAGCCAGUUUCCCCAGAGCUGCAGAAGAGCAUUCAGAGCCUCACUUGGAGGAGCCAGCAGGUCGUGGACAUGGUGGAUAAAUUCAGAGAGAACCUGGAGAGCAAGAUAGACUCUGGCAUAAGGGAGCGGGUGCGGCUGGACCCAGAGACGGCGAAUGCCUACCUGAUCCUCUCGCGGGACUGCAAAAGGGUCUGGUUCAAACCUCAAGAACAAAACCUCCCUGACAACCCCAAGAGGUUCACGGGCAGCUUCAGUGUCUUGGGCAACCAGGGGUUCACAUCUGGGAGGCAUUACUGGGAGGUGGAGGUCGGGGAAGAGGGCAGGUGGGCUGUGGGGCUGGCCCCAGAGUCCGUGCCGAGGAAGGAGCUGCUCAAACUGCUCAGAUCUGAGAAGCUCUGGGGGCUGCUAAUGGACUGGGAUGGACAGUACAGUUCAAUCUGCAUGACCUCUGAGGUGCUGGCACUCAGGGAAAACCUCCAGAGAAUCAGGGUCUGCCUGGACUAUGAAAUGGGCCGAGUGACUUUCUACAACGCAAAGGACCUGACGCAGAUCUUGCUGUUGGAGGCCACCUUCACUGAGAAAGUCUUCCCAUAUUUUUGGAUCUGCUCACAAGAAACCCACAUCCAGGUGUGUGACUGACAGAGUGGGAUGGCUGCUGGGCCCCUGCCCGUGCCCUUGGCUGGCUGAGCAGGGAGGAGCUGUGGGAAUGACGGCAUCACAGUGCAGCCUCACUGCAGCUCUGCCUGGGCUGGACCCUCUCUGCAAUUUUCUGCAUCUCCUCCCGCUCAGUCCUUUGGAGCAUUAAAGAAGUGCUGUCCUGCCUGGG